AUGCAAAAACAAGACAAUGCUGAAGAUCAGCAAAAAUUACCUAACUUUGGAUAGGGGAAUCCCAAUCCAAUGUUCACUUAAUCUGCAUAUACUCCUUCCACUUAAACUAUUCGCGUUAAUCAUCAAAUGGAGUCGUAAAAUUAAGGAUAGCCAAUGUAUAGAUCAACUGCUUCUCCUAUGCACAUAGAUCUUGGAGCAGCUUAGUAAUAAUUUUAAUUGUAGUAGAAUUCAGCUAUGAGCAAUCAAGGUGUACCUCCUCAAUCUUAAUAUAAUCACCCUUCAUCAGAAUCUCCUUUCACUCCUCCUCGCAAGCACCCUUUAAUUAGUAACGGCAAUACCAAUAAUACAACUGCAGUUACUAAGAUGAGAGGAUACACACCAACUACAACCUCAGGAAAAAUUCCAUAGAUUCCAAUAGCUUAAUAAAUGGGAUCCAAUUAAAUGAAUACACCUUUUGGGUCUGCCAUUCAAAGAGAAAUAUCACCAAUUAAUAGAGAUGUUCCUAUGAUGAGUUAUAAUAAAGCUUUAGAUAGUGUUGCCAUCUUAGGUAAUGAGUUUGAAUCAACUAUUAAAGCAUUUGUGAGUGUCUAAGAAGAAUUAAAUAUAUGGCGUGAAAAGUACUAGAAAUAGGCAGAAAUAUAUGAAGCAUAAAGCCACGAAGAAAAGCAAGAAUAUUACAUGGCUUAGUAAAAACUUGAAUAAUCUUAAAGAGAAAUUGAAAAGCUAUAGCUCAUUGUUGAAGGCGUUAAUCAAAAAUUAGAAUUUAACUCCUAAAAAAUGAAAACUCUUGAAAGAAAAUGCUAAGAUUAUUCUGUUUUAGAGUAGAAAUACAAUCAACUUAAGGUUGUCAACCGUGAACAAGAAGCCAAGAUCAAAAUUCUUGAGACUGAAUUAAGCAGUGCUCGUGAACUUAUAGAAAUAAAGGAUAGAGAAAUUCUAGAUCUUGAAGUCUACAAGCGCGAAUAUGCAGAUGUAUAAGAAAAGCUUUAACAGCUAGAAAAGGAAAACAAUGACUUGAAACACAAUAUUUAGGAUAGAGACAAAACUCUUGAAUAAUACCUUAACAGCAUUGAGCACCUAUCUAACUAGAAUAGCUUACUAGAAAAAGAGAACUAAGAAAUGAAAAAUCACAUUGAACAGUUCGAAAGAGAAGUAGAUUAAGUUCAUGAUGAAAUCGAUAAUGGUCUUAUGGUUGCAAGCUCUAAUAUGAACACUUCUAAGAAUUUAUAAUCUCAGUAGUAUGGUGUUGAAUUUUCCUAACAAUAUGUUGGGGGCAUUCACCAUGACCAAAACCUCCACAUUUCUCAUCCCCACGGUGAAUAAGCACUUGGAUCAGCUAUUGGAGAAAUACCUUAAGAGUAAGAUGAAAGAGAAGAAUAAAAUAAUUAAUAAGUUGAAGAAGAGGAAGAGGGUAGUGAAUAUGAAGAAGUAGAAAUUGAAGUUUAAGAAGAAGUACCAGUUGCUGAAGAACAAAUAGAAGAAGACGGAGAUAAUGAAGAAGAAGAAGAUGAUGAUGAUGACGAAGAAUAUGAAUCAGAUGAGGAUUAAAUGAUUUAGCAACCCAUUUAAUAUCAUGCUGAAACUCCUAUCUAAUAGGCAAAUCAAUCAAUUUAUUAAUAACACCCUGAUGAAACUGUUUAAACAUUGAGAGAAUAACAAUUUAUUGAACAUCCUGAAAAUACAGUUAGAACUGCAUAGGCACCUUAGAUGUAUAUGACUUAACAAUAUCCCCAACAAUACUAUGCAUAAAAUCAAUACUAUUCAUAACAUGGUUAAUAAGCUUAACCUUAAUAAUUCUAAUAGUAACAACAAGUAUUGGUAUCUUAACCCUCAUAAGAAAGAUAAUCUAGCUAAGUCCAAUAAAAUGUCUAAGAUUAUUCUUACCAAUAUGGAAAUAAUAACAACACACUUAGUAUUCCUCCUGAAUACAUGGAUGUUUAGAAUCCUUUAAUAAGUUCAGUUGAAUAAUCAAUCUAAAGUAGUGCUAAAUCUUCUGGAAUGUAACAGUAAUAAAAUGCAUCUUUCCACUAAAACUUAACUGGUCCUGUUCAAUAUUCAAUCUCACCUCGUAAAGCAUCAUUCGGUAUUUAAAAUAGCGAAUAACAACAAUAGAUUCAUCAAUAAAUCUAAAACUAAUUCCAAAAGUAAUAGAAUUUACCAGUUAGUGGAAAUAACUUAGAUACUUUGCAUAGCUAACAUUCAUCAGUUGCUCAACAUAGUCAAUAUAUGACUCCUUAAUAAUUCGAAGAACAAUAGCGUUUAUAAUUUACUUAAUCAUAAAGUAUUCCUUAAGCAAAUAUUAGUGUUGUUUAAACUCAAUAGGAGUAACAAUAAUAGCCUACAACAAGUCAAAUCAUAAGAUAAUAAUAAUAAAAUAUUUCAUAGAGUACUCAAGUUGCAGGACCAGCUAACAACUUAAUUAACUAAAACAAUAGAAUGGUUUAAACUGCUUACAAUCCACAAUAAUAACAUUAACAACCUCAGUAAUAAUAACAGUAACAUCAACACCAAUACGAAAGGUAAUAAUGUAUCAUAGACUCCUAACAAUAAUCUUCAUCAGCUCUUAGUGGUAAUUUCUAAGAGUUGAAUCCUUCUUAAUUGUAAAGUGAAUCAGAUAAAUAAUUCAUUCCUCAGUUAAUUGAAGAUAUCUCUAAUAAGGUUGAAGGUUUUAAUUCUUAAAUUUAAUAAUCUUAGAUUAGUUAAAUUCCUGAUGAAGUGAGUCAAAGAAGAGUUUCUGAUUUCAAUAGCUAAUAACCCUAGGAAAAUUUGAGAUAAACUGCUAGUGUUUUAGUGUAAAACAAUUAAUAAAUUAAUACUAAUUUCUACUCUUAAAAGUUACCCUAAUUCCAAACCUCACCUAAAUAAGUCUAAUCAAUUAGAAACUAAUAAUAACCAUUAAUACAAAACCAAUCAAUUUAGUAAUCUUAGUAUAUUCAAUAUUCAUCAAAUGAAUAAGAGUAGUAGUAGUAUGACUAAGAUUAAGGAUCUGAAUAUGAGUAAGAGCCUCCUGGAACUCAAUAAUACGAGUCUACAAUUCAAUUCUAAAAUUAAUUUAGUUAACACUAUUCUGUUUCUCAUGAUAAUUUACCCUAUGGACCCUCUUGUUAAGAUAUAGUUUACCAAGGAGUUUCUGCAAUUGUUGAGAAUCAAAAUAAUAAUGUAACUGCAACAACCAGUAUUCUCUAAGAACCUGCUGAAGCUUAAUAACAUUAAGAAUCAUCAUAACCAGAGCAAAAUGUCAAUGUAAACAAGCUUGGACGUGGUUCUUUGAGAAUGGGCCAAGUUUAAGACUAAUAAUAGUAGGUAUCUCAACUUGGAAGAGGAUCAGUCUAAUUAAAUAAAAAUUAACCAGCAGUUAAUGUAAAGAAUCUUAUGGAAGCUCAUUAGUAGUCUCAAAGUAGAUAAACUGCUUAAAACCAACAGGCUCAAGGUUUAGAUGAAAUUUAAGAAGAAAAUGUUUAAUCUCAAGUAUAAAAUGCUCAUGAAGAAUCCUAGCACGACUCAUCAUCUAUUGCUGCCUCAGCUUCUUAACCUCAUCAUUUGUUAGAAUAAGAACAAUAGCACUUUGCAUAGUAAGGCUCUGUAACUAGUUCAAAUGCUUCAUAGAGAUCAUAAACCUAAACUAUGUAACAACCUCCAACAAUUCAGAUAUCAUAGUAACAGCUUUAAAUUCAUGCUAAUCCUUAACAAGAAGGUAGUACCUUCCUUGAUCAAACAGAUGAAGAGCCACUUUAGAUUUCAACUUCUUAAUUUGUAAGAAUGUAAAACUCAGUUUAAUAAGCCCCUUAAAUGAUCAUUUCGCAAUUAAAUGAUGCACAAGAUAACUCAAUUGCUGAAGGCUCUCAAAUUAAUCAAGCAAAUGUAGACGUUGGAUAAAACUAAUAUACUUAAAAUUCAAUUUAAGAGGUUGCUUAAUAGUUACCAUAAAAUAAUUAACCUAUUUAAUAAACACAAUCAGUUUAUGUUGCUCACCCCUAAUAAUAACAAUUAAACAACUUUAAAUCAACUCCUCAACCUAAUAUUGGCAAUAAUUUAUCAAUUCCUGGUUAACCACAGUAAUAAUAAUAGUUAGACUCUUCUUAAUAAUAAGCUAUUCAAUUUGUUUAGUCUCAAUAAAAUUCUUACAGCUCUUCUGAUAAUUUACCCUAAGUCUAAGAGCACCCUGGAAAUAAUUAACAAUAACUAUUGGCUUUACCACAAAGCAACAUUUCUUAAGUAUAAUCAGUUUAUCUUCCAGCUGGAAAGCAAGUUUAACCCUAACAAAAUCUUAUAUAAUCAUAGCCAAUAUAGCAAAAUCAAUAUCAAAGUUUUGGACCUGCAUAAAAUUAAAAUGAAUAAUAACCUGCAGUUUAAUAAUCCCAAAUUUAAGUGUCUGAAGUUAAUUAGUCACAAUAAAAUUAACCUAUCUUAAACUCGUAAUAAUAACAAAAACAAGAAAUAAUUUAGUCAUAAUAUACUUAAUAAGAAGGACCAGUAGAGGAAGAAGAAUUAUAAUUAUCAUUUGAUUAACAAACAAAUAAGUAAGAUCAUGAUGUUCAAAGUGGAGUUAAUGCAAAUGAAUUAAGAGAAUAAUUAUAAUAAGGAGGAUAAAACCCUAUGUAAAGCUAAUCAGUUUAUAUUCCUAGUGCUAAAUAAAAUGCAUCAAAGAGCAUGACUUAAUCACAACCUUUACAACCUCAACACAGAAAUUUCCCCCAAGUUGAAAACGAAAUUAUCGAAUAACCUUUAGAAGAAGAGUAAGGUACAUAAUACUAACCUCAGUAGCCUAGCCCUGUUUAAUAAGCUGAGUAAUAAUAGUAAUAGCACUAACCUUAGUUUAUUUCCUAAUCCUAAGUAUAAAAACCUUAAUAGCAACCUGCUACUUAGGGUUAAAUCUUCCAUUCUUAAGUUCAAAGACCUGUAUAAGGAUUAUAAGUAAGUUAGAACUAAUAACAAGUUCAAUCUUCUCACGAAGCUCAAAGUGUUGUUAUUUAAUAAUAAGUGGAAUAAGUUGAGCAAGAUAAUUAAUAAGAAUAAUAAUAGUAAUAAAAAUAACAUUAACCUUAAUUCUUAUCUUAAUCUUAAGUUUAACCACAGUAAGCUGCUGUCCAAGGAUAGAUGUUCCAUUCAUAAGCCUAAAGAUAAGUUUAAGGUUUGUAAGUAGCCUAAUAAUAGCCUGAAAACUAAGAUUAAAGUCCCUAAUAAGCAUAGAAUAAUUUAGUAAAUUCUUAAGAAUUGUAAAGAUCUGUAAAAGAAGCAUAGCAAGCUUAAUAGCAAUAACGUAACUAACCUUAAUUUAUUUCGUAAUCUUAGGUUUAAUAAUAAUCAGCUGCUCCCUAAGGAUAAAUGUUCCACUCAUAAGCAUAAAGAUAAGUUUAAGGAUUAUAAGUACCUUUACAAUAAUAACAAGCAUCCUAAUAAGCUUCUAAUCAAGUGCCUUCUUAAUCUCAAAGUGUUGAUAUAGCUCCCUAAGAAUAAUUGAAUCAAUAAUAAUAAUAACAUCACUAGCCAUCAUUUAUUUCUUAAUCUCAAGUUUAACAAUAAUAAGGUGCUCCUCAAGGUUAGAUGUUCCAUUCCUAAGCUUAAAGACCUUUGCAAGGAAUAUAAUUACCUUAACAAUAAACUUAAGAGGCUUAAGCCUUAGAUACUUAAGCUAUUCCUUAAGAGUAGAAAUAAUAAGAAUAGUUUGCAUAAUAGCAAUAACCUAACUAGCCUCAAUUUAUUUCUUAGUCUUAAGUUCAACAGUAAUAAGGCUAAAAAUAGGGUCAGAUGUUCUACUCUUAAGCUUAAAGACCUUUGUAAGGCUUAUAAAUCCAAUAAUAACAAAACUAAUAACCCACUGUUUAAAAUUAAAUGCCUGCUUAAGCUUAAAAUGUUAUUGCUAAUCCUUAAGAGUAAUAACAAUAACAAACUCAUAAACCUUAAUUCAUUUCUCAAUCUUAAGUUUAAUAAUAGACAGGAGCUACUCAAGGUUAAGUAUUCCACUCAUAAGUUCAAAAUCCAGUUAAAGGAUUACAAGCUCCUUAAUAAUAAAUUUUAUAAUAAGUAGAAAUAUAAGGUCCUGUUCCUAUUCAAGUUUAAAGUGUUUAACAAAGCCAAUAAUAAUAAUUAUCAUCAUAAGCUCCACCUGUUGAUUAGUCAUAAUAAUAACAAUAAUAAUUAUUAUAGGUCCCAAUUUAACAAUCAUAAUAUUAAACUCAGUCUUCUUCUGAUGCCUCAUAAUAGUAAAGAAUUUUACCUACUUCAUCUAUAAUUGUAUAUCCUCCAGGUGCUGCUUAGGUUUAAUCUUCUUCUUAAUUUUUGUAAUCAUAAAACUAAUAACCAAGAGAGGCUAUUAGUACUCUUUCUUUAGGACCUGCUACAAACACAAAUAUUCCUGUUGACUAAUAAUAGAGAUAAGGAGUUUAAAAUGCUUUACCUAAUCAUAUUUAGACCUAAUCUUAUUAUAUUCCAUAAUAAUAACAAUCCGUAAUUUCCUUUAAUGGUUCCACUGUGCAAUAAUAAUAAUAAUAACCAAGUUAGAUGAGACCAUCAGGUCAGUUAGUACAAUCAUAAAUUGAGUAAAAAAAAGAUUAAAAUAGCUUAUCUUCUAUAAAUGAUGCCAGCAUUACUGCUAUUCCUCCUAAUUCUUAAAUAUAUAUUUCUAACAAUGCAGCUCCUCUCUAAGCUUCUUAGGUUGACAAAAAGAAGAAGAAGAAAAACAAAAAGAAAAAUAUGACAUAAUCUGAAGCCCCUAUUAUUAGAGAAUAGGAUUUGGAAGACUCUUAAAAAGUAAAGAGAUCUAAAAAACCAUAAUCUCCUAAAUAAGAAGGUUCAGAAGAAUCUAUGUCUAAAACUUCUAUCCCAAUGACUAAAACAGUUGUCACAAAGAAGAAAGUACUCGUAAAAAAGAAAAAAUCAAUAGAUGGAAGCUAAAGCUAAAGCUCUAUCAAGAAGUCUGCGGUAUCAGGUGCUGCUGCUCCAGCUUCAGUCUCUUCAAAUAUGUCCAAGACUUAAGUUCCUUCUAAAUAGAAUUAAUAAGAAAUCUAAUCUCUUCCCUAAUUUGGAAAGGUGACAUCUUAAAAAAUGGAAUCAUCUACUCCUUUAUCUCCUCAUUCUUAAAGCAAAUUAAAAGAUGAAAAGAGUUAAAUUAGACCCUCUAUAUUGCAGAGAAAAUCUAUCUUAAUGACUGGUAGUUAACAAACUAGAACUGUUACCUCUGGAAGUAACAACAUGCUUGAAAAGAUUAUUUUCAUGAAAAACUAAUUAUUAGAAAAGAACAAUGAAAUUGAUGCACUUAAAUUGAAAAUAGAUGAAAAUCUUAAACAAAUUGCUGCAUUAUCAGAAGAGAAUUCUCAACUUAACAUCUAAAAUUCUUAGACUAGAGAAGAAUUAGAAUAAACUUAAAAGUAACUUCAAGAAAACUUCGAGUUCCACAAAUCUGAGAUUGAUAGCCUCCGCCAAGAGUAUGAAAAUACUAUUGCCCCUCUACUUUAAGAAAAAACAAACCUUGAAGAAAGCAAUCUAGCUUUAAGCAAAUAGUGUGAAGCAUUCGAUAUUGCCUUGUAAAAUAGUGAUGAGGAAAAGCAAAGAGCUAUCAGAGAAUUAAUUAAUGAAAAGGAAUAAUUACAAAAUCUAAGUGAAGCCAUAUUGAAAGAUAAAGAUAAAGUUGUAAAUGAAAAUAUUUAAUUGAAGGAUGAAUAAUCUAGAAGAAUUAAAAUGGAAAACCAACUCAUCAAAGACAAUGAAGACUUGAAGAAUUUGAGUGCCAGUUAGUAAAAAGACAUUGAAACUUGGAAAAUCAAAUAUAAAAACCUUAAAAAAGAAAUUAAUGGUUUGCGCUUACAGUUUGAUAGUUAUAAGAAUUAGAUUUUACAUGAAAUUUAAUCUAAUAUUUAAGAUAAAGCAUCUAACUUCUAAGGUAUACUCACUACAAUCAAAAAGAAGUAUCAUGACUAAGGAGAUUCCUAACUUUCCAGUGCUCGUGAAAUGAUAAUUUAGCAAGAUUAAUAAGAAUAAAUUUAAGCACCAACAGCUUUCAGUGCUCCUAGAUAAUAAUAAUAACAACCAUAAUAUAAUAAUUACAUUUCCUAAUCUCAAUAGUAUCAUCCUUAACAACCCUAAUUCAGCAAUAAUUAUAUCACAUAAUCUCAUCCAUAACCAUCUCAUCAAAAGAGCCAUUCUAUACAUUCUUAUGCUCCUAUUCAUACUACUGAGUUCAUCCCCUAGUAAUCUUAGAAUGAUGAAUAAUUCCUGAAUGAAUUAAAGUAUAGAAUUAAUGCUCUUAAGCAAACUUAAGCUGAAUAAGAAGCUCUUUAAUUAAAAUCAUAACAAUAAUUACAAUCUAUUCAAAUGCACUAAAAUGUUAGAUAAUAAUUCUUGAGUACUUAAAAUAUUUAAUAACCAUAAUAAAACUAAACAGUCCCUGCCCAAUAACAAUUUGAUAAUUCAGCUGAUUAAACAAUCUCUGAAUAACACUAUGAAGAUUCAUAGUAGAUGGAUCCUAUCGAAUUCUAAUUAGAACAACUUAUGGUUCUUAAGAGUCAAUAUGAACAAGCACUUGGAAGAGUAAAUACUUCCAUGUCUCCUCAAAAGAGAAAGUGA